UGUAGCAUUCAUAUCUUAUCUGCGAGUAGCGCAGCGAUUGUGGUGUCCUGAACUGAUCUCAGAUCAGCGCUGACGUCGAGCCUCGCUGCUCUGACUCCAUUUUGUGUGAGGGGACUGUUUCAACGGGCACGACACAUCCAAAGGAAAAACACCAGGUUGAGAGAAUGAGCGGUUGUCGUAUUUUCAUCGGUCGAUUAAACCCCUCUGCUCGGGAGAAGGACGUCGAGCGGUUCUUCAAGGGUUACGGAAGAAUCAGGGACAUCGACCUGAAAAGAGGCUUCGGAUUUGUAGAAUUUGAUGAUCCGAGAGAUGCAGAAGAUGCUGUUUAUGAGCUUGAUGGUAAAGAGCUCUGCAAUGAGAGGGUGACCAUUGAACAUGCCCGUGUCCGUCUGCGUGGAGGCCGAGGCCGUGGUGGUGCUGGUGGUGGAGGUGGAGGUGGAGGUCGUUUUCCUGGUCGGUAUAGUCGUGGCUCCCAGGAUAGCCGGAGGAAUCCUCCACCAAUGCGCACAGAGAAUCGCCUCAUUGUGGAGAAUCUGUCAUCGAGAGUCAGCUGGCAGGAUUUGAAGGAUUUCAUGAGACAGGCUGGAGAGGUUACUUUUGCAGAUGCCCAUCGGCCAAAGCUUAAUGAGGGUGUGGUUGAGUUUGCUUCUCAUAGUGAUCUAAAAAAUGCCCUUGAGAAGUUGUCUGGGAAGGAGAUCAAUGGAAGGAAAAUCAAGCUUGUUGAGGCAACCAGGAAAAAAUCCAGAACUCGGUCUCGUUCAAAUAGCUCAUCCCGUUCUCGUUCCAGAGGGCGCUCCACAUCACGUUCUCGUAGCCGUAGCCGUUCCCGUUCCCGUUCUCGUUCCCGUUCCCGUUCCCACAGCCCCAAAUCACAUAACCGCUCCAGAAGUCGGUCCCGUUCGACCAGUGCUUCUCCUGUGAAGCCCAAAGAAGCACCUCGUGCUGAAUCAGCGUCACCACCGGCUCCAGCGCAGCGCCCCCCACCGUCCCGUUCCCCGUCUGCUGACAGUCGUCAUUAGCCGACGAUGCUCUGUUUGCUGAGGGAUGCGUCUGUAGUCAAGCACUGCAAGAGGCUGAAGUUAGCAAUAUUGUCCCAUCUUUGACCAGUUUCGGUUCCGAAAGUGGAGGAACAGCCUCUCUCCAUGCCAUGAGUUUCACAGCACAGCCUCUCUGUUGCUAGUUUGAAGGUAUUUGACAGGAGAGUGAUCUAAAUCAGGAAUAUACUACUAUUUUGGGUGUUUUGUUGAAGUUCAUAUCUCAAAUGGGUAUUUUGUGGUUAUUUUUAUCAACACGUAAAGAGUGAAGUUUGAUGUUGAGGCAGUCUUUAAUUGUUUAAAUAUAUUCAUGGACAAGCCAGUAAAUGUGAUUUGUUUUCAGAAAGUUUGACUCUUUGUUUUGUGUUAAAAAGAUUUUACUAGGGCUUAUUGAAUAAUACAUAGAAUGAAUAAUGGCAGACAACAAAUGAGUGUUUAUUGCUUCAUGAAAGGCUGAUGAUAACAUGAAUUUCAAAUGCAAGAACUGCCACAAAUGUGCACAAACAAAGUGAGGCCAGAACAGCCAUUUCAUAUCCAACAAAUAAAGUAAAAUUAAGUUUCUAAUACUUUGUAGUCAUUUUACAAAACAUUUUUUUUUUUUUGUUACUUCAUGAAUGUAUGUGUGAAUUGUUUGUAAUGUGGAUGCUUGAAUUAUAAUCCAAUAAAUAUCAGAGUUCCCUCCACACUGCAUGAAAACAAA